UCCUGAGCCAGUCAGCGACGGCGCCUGUUAGACUCAUACUACUCUCCCAUCACCUCGAAGUGCCAGGAUAGCCAUCAAGUAAACUACCUGCGCCGCCUCAUUUUCGGAGGCGUUGUGGGCGGGGGCGAAAAGCGUUAGCUCCACACCUCAUCACUACUUCGACGACCCCACAUCGUCAUCCUUAAUCACUACACUCCAGUAUCGGCCCUUUGAACUCGUCUGUCCAAAUCGCAACGGCAUCGCCGCUGCCAUAUUGCCACCAUGGCGUCGACGGCUGCCAGUGGUAGUGGCACUGUGAGCGAGUCGGAAGUCCAGCGAGCUCGCUCCUCGCUCGCUUCCAUGACCGUCGUUGAGCUCAAAGGCACGCUUCGAGAUUUCGCCUCUCAUUGCGGCGCUCGAGUGGCCGUCUCUGGAACCAAGAUGGCCCUGAUCAAUCGUAUCGGCGAUCAGCUCACGUCCUGGAUGCACAGCAUGCGAUGGUACGAGCUACGAGAGGCGAUACGUCUGAUCAGCGCUCCGCGAGAUUCCAAAGGCAGCCUGCUUGCUACCUCAGGCUCCAACGGGGCUGGCAGCGCCGGUUCAGCAUCAGGCUCAAGCUCAGCGGCAGCUGCUUCAGCGUGGGCAAACACCAUGGCAAGCAGCUACGGACCGGGAAGCAACGGAGUCCGACAGAAUACCUCUUCGCUGCCAGGCUAUAACCGUUCCAUGGUAGGUGCAGGAGGAGCGGCGGGACAGGGGAGGAUGCCAUCGACGAUUGGAGGAGUGCCCUCUAACAAACUGCCUGCUGCUCGCCCGGGUCCAUCGAUGGGCUACGUGGGACAGCCUGGAUCAUCAAGCGCACUUCGCACAGCAGCCCACACUCCAUCACGGCUCAACUUCAAGCCAUCGCCCUUUUGGAAGAUUCAAGAAUUCGUCAGUCCCAUCAUCGUUCUCGCAGAAGCAGCAGCUCAGAAUCGCAGAACUGGCAACAUCGAUCUACGCCUCAAUCCUCAACACAACAGCCUCAUCAAGAUGCCCAACUCAAGCUAUCAAGUCAGGCUCUUCUGCACCACAAAGGCUGCGGCCGAGAUAGCGGAACGCUCCCCCAACCACUCUGCCCACAUAGACUUCCCCAUGUCCUGCGAGCUUCGAAUAAAUGGCAACCUCUACAGCUCGAGCCUCAAGGGCAGCAAAAAGAUGCCAGGUCGAGUACCGCCUCCUAAUUUGGCCAAGGACAAGACCUUGAUGACCAGGGACGGAAUGGUCAAUAAGAUUGAGCUCGUAUAUGCCAACGUCAGCCAAAAGCACGUCAUGGCCGUCGCCCUCUGCUCCUAUACGAGCGUUGACACAAUCGUCUCCAAGCUUCGGCAGGACAAGUACAAGACACGAGAGGAGAUCGUGGGGACAAUGAAGAAGGCUGCGGCCGAGGACGACAUCGAAGUCGGCACGUCGACGCUCAGUCUGCGCGAUCCUCUCAGCUACACACGCAUUCAAGCGCCAUGCCGAUCAGUCCACUGUUCUCACACACAGUGUUUCGACGCCUCCUUCUACUUUAUGAGCAACGAGCAGAGCCCGACUUGGACGUGCCCGCACUGCUCCAAGACGCUGCGGCCCGAAGAUCUCUUCAUCGAUGGCUACUUCGACGACAUUCUCAAGAGAGUGCCAGAGGACGAAGACAACGUCGAGGUGGACCCUGACGGCAGUUGGCAUACUCGCGAUGGCAAGGUCACCUCGUCGAGCAAGGCUAUCCCGCCUGCUGCCAAGGCCAGCUUAGCAGACACGACUGGCGUAGCAGGCGCUACCAAGGCCGAAGUUCCCUCGCCUCAGCUAGUCACGAAGCAAGAGCGAGACCCAAGUGUCAGCGACUUGCCGCCGGCUACCCCGACCCCCCCUGUAGCUCCGCAAAAUGGCAUUUCUCCCUCGGCAGAGAUCGUCACUCUCGAAGACUCGCCCACGCCGCCGCCGGCCUCUGCUCGGCUCACAACGUCCCAUUCAGAGUCUGCCAAUGGCGCAUCCGGCUCAUCGUCCCACGCUCCUGUCGAAUUGGGCACGCCGACUGGCCUCUCUGCGCCAUCUGCUGCGGGCCCAUCUCGCUCCACAGCCCUCUCCUCUCGCGGGCAGUCCGCACAUGAAGCCAUUGACCUUACUCUCAGCGACAGCGACGAUGAGCCCCCAUCCCCUCCUCCUCCAACUCGGCGCCCUCCUACGCAGCCGUCUACAGCUGCGAUCAGAGCAGGACAGGCCUUGAGUGGUGGAGGCAGCAGCAGCAGCGGCAGCAACCUAUCUCGUGCUUUCGGCAUGCCGCCACCAGAGGUGCGCUCGGCCAUGGCUCACGGGCUGCCCGCCAAUGGCGUACUGCAUCACUCACCGCACAACGACUUGCGUCCAGCGACUGCCUCUCCCGUGACCAGCCAUGGAUUUAGUCAAUGGGCCAACUCCUCCAACGUUCCCUCGACGAGCCGACCCUCCCUGCCUCAGCAGUCCUCUUUCUCAGCCGGCAUGACUGCGGCGGACGCUUAUGCUCGCCCCUUCCCUGGCCAAGCAGGCUGGCCUCCAUCCCGGUCGCAAGAUCAACGAGCGCCGAUCAAUGGCGCGCCACUGGCGUCAUCAUCGUCGUCCUCGACGUCGGUCGCAACCGCCACUGCGCCGCCUGCUCCUGCCGAGACGUCGAGCUUCGGGGCACGCCUUGCCCGAUUCAGGCAGGCGAACGGUUCGCAAGAGCCGACCGCCCCGCUGUGGCCACCACCGCCGGCGGCGACGAACACCAGCAUCAGUAGCAGCGCCACCAGCAGUAGCAACCACGCCUCUAGCCCAAAUUCGUCCUCUGCGACGCUCGAGACCCGCAAUGGCGUACCAGCGUCCUCCUCGGCCGUGCGCGCUCGAGACACAGAGGACGAUGCCGAAGAGGAUGCCAGCACCUUGGCCCCAGCAAGCAAGCGACUCCGUCGGACCGACUCGACCGAAGCUCAACGGCCGGAGGAGAGCUCUCCCGCCCCCGUGGUCAACGGAGCCAGCACUAGCACAGGGAGCGCGACUGCUGAUGCCUCGCGUGUUUCAACCCCUCUGCCUUCAGUCUCGCCCUCCCCGCCUCCCUCUGCACAACGCCGCCAGCCACGUCGCUCUGGUGCGCCGGUCAACUAUGACGAGCAAGACGAUGAAGAAGACGAAGAUGAUGAUGAGCCUGUGCGGGGGCCGAGGCGGGCUAGACCGGAGGCAGGGGCAGGUAACAGUAGCGUGGAUAGCACAUCAGGGGAGCAGAGUGCAGAUCAAGAGUUCGACGAGCUUAGCGACAGCGCAUUCGACCAGGUAGAGGAUGCAUGAAGCGCAGUGGGAGGAGACCCAACUUCAAAGUCAUGGUUUCCGCGUAUACGGCAUCACCCAUAUGUACUUCUCAAUAUCAUCCGUCCCGCAUCGUUCAUCUCUCCCUCUCCUCCCACUCGAUACCAUCAGAGGUGUCACAUGAUCUAAUCGAUCGAUGUCAAUUUUGGUUGAU